AGACAGAAACGAUUAUUUCCGGCUGAUGGCUUCUGUCGCUGAAUAUCUUGCUUGUCGGUAGCCUGGGGUGCUCAUCAUGGUGUACGCGACGUUUCGAAAGGUGGCCGCUGCUUCUUGUCUAGUGCUCUGUGUUUCCCUACUGCUGCCCAAGUUUUUCCUUUCCCGGGUCUGGUCGCGGCAACAAGAGCUCAGCACUACAGCCGUUCCGCCUACAGCCCCAGCCAUGACGGAGGGAAAGACAAGCUGGCUUUCACCCACAAUGCAACAUCAAAUGUCUCCAGAGACUAGAUCACCAGUUACCCAUUUUCCAAGGUCCCAUCUUGCAGAAGCAGUUGCCAAGGCCAAGGGAGGUGGAGGAGGCGGUGGUGGUGGAGGAGGAGGAGGUGGCAGUGGGAGAGGUCUUGUGGGACAAGUCAUACCGAUAUAUGGAUUUGGGAUCCUUUUAUACAUACUCUACAUUCUUUUUAAGCUUUCUUCUAAGGGAAAAACCACAACAGCUGAACGGAAAUGUCCUCCUUCAGUACCUGGCAACACAAACAGGAAAAUAACUGACUAUGAGCUAGCCCAACUGCAAGAUAAGCUGAGAGAGACUGAAGAAGCUAUGGAAAAAUUAAUCAGUAGGGUGGGACCCAACUGUGAAAGCAGGUCCCAAAAUGUCACUACUGACCAAGAGAAAAGACUACUUCAGCAACUCCGGGAAAUUACUAAGGUCAUGAAAGAAGGCAAAUUCAUAGAUGGUAUCUCCCCAGAAAAAGAAGCUGAAGAGGCUCCCUAUAUGCAGGACUGGGAAGGUUAUCCAGAAGAGACCUAUCCCGUAUAUGAUAAUUCUGAUUGCUUUAAGCGCAGACAGGACACUGUUCUUGUGGAAUACCCUGACCCAAGCCAACCUUCUGCUGAAGAGAUUGCUGAGAGAAUGGAGUUUGUGGAUGAUGAGGAGUGUGCAUGUAGUGAAACCCUUUUGUCUGCUCUUGCCACAGUGAAUAAGGAACUUAUGUCAAGACAAGAGAAGGACCCAGAAGCCACAUUCAUUGGCCACAGUUGGUCUGGCCAGAACUUUGAAAAAUGCUACUAUUGUCAUUAUGAAGAUGAUGACCCUGCUGUUAUAGCAGAGAAUGAAGGAUUCUACCCUGAAAGCUGCAGUGAAACAGAAGAGCUGGCCAAAGAGAAACCUCUAGCAGAUUCUGACCAUGAAAACAGUGCACCCAAAGACCAACAUUAUGAAAAUCCUGACCAAAUUGGCAUGCUGCGAAAGCGAAACACAAGGGGACUUGAGUUGCUGGGAAAGUGAGGGUUGUAUGUCACUACUUCAGACUAUCAACUUUGCCUGAAGGAAAAAAGCUUGUCUUUUCCAUUAUUUUCCAGCUGCAACUGAGGCUUGGCAAAUGCUGCUUGCUUGCAAUUGGUGAUGCUCCUUGCCCACUAGCUCUCCCAGCAAUAACAGUACUACAGCGUUGCUUUUUAUAGCCUCAGCAGGAAUUAACAGUUAACUGCUUUCAGACAUCCUUCCUUUUGGCUUAGCAUAUUCAGGGCUGAAAUGUAACUUCACUGCAUCCUUGAUUACUGUUCAAAAUGAUAAGAGUUAAAUAGGAAUUUUCUCACUAAAGUUCUAGCUGUUUGGCUAAUAGGUUUAUAGUCUUACAGUAGAAUGGCUAGGCAGGGUCAAGUGGCCCAAUUCAGGCUGUAGCUUUUGGGAUUCCAUAAAGGGUGGCAAGGAUUCAGUUUAUUAUAUUUUUACUGCCACAGGGACACUAUUUUGAUGUUUAUCUGCAGGCAUCAAAAUGUCUUGGAAUGUCUGUGCCUUACAGACACACAACCUCCCUACUAUGUUUUUGCCCAUCCAUUCUCCAAGGAACUCAGGUCAUUGCAUGAGAUUAUUUUUUCCUCAUCCUAUCCUCGCAUCAGCCCUGAGAGAUUGAUCGGGCUCAAAGAGAUGUCACCCACUGAGCUUCAUGGAGGUGUAGGGAUUUGAACCUGGGUCUCCCAGGCUUAGCCCAACAUUCUUUGCCUUACAUUCUUUGCCAUUCCUUGUCUUAAAAGCUUCUGUGAGAAAAUAAAAAUACUUGCUCUCUCCUUCAUUUUCAUGCAAUAGUAAACAGUUUCUCUAUAAAUUAAAAAA